UUUGUUAGUUAACCGGUAUAUUUCCGAGAAUCGUGCGGUAUAUUUGAUCGACAGGCCCGCGGUCACACUGCUGCACAGGCAAAGUUAAAAUUCACGUUCAAUACGUUUCCACCACUGUUGUUAAGGGUUUGUUCGAAAGCUCCGUGCGCUAGCUUCAAUUUUGUCGUAAGCCAAUCAAAAAAAAUCAACUGAAAAUGUUCGUGUCGACAGUCUCUCGCAUUGCCCCCGUUGCCAGGAGCGCCCUCCUCGCCAACUCCAAGCAGUACUUGCGGCCAUUGAGCAGCGCUGUCAUCAGCCAGAGCCAGACCUUUGCCGCUCAGAACACAACCCCAGUUGCAUUACUGCCACAAAUCAGGUCAUUCCAGACCUCGCCCGUCACCCGUGACAUUGAUUCGGCUGCCAAAUUCAUUGGUGCUGGUGCUGCAACAGUCGGUGUCGCUGGAUCCGGUGCUGGUAUCGGAACAGUAUUCGGUUCCCUCAUCAUUGGUUAUGCCAGGAACCCAUCGUUGAAACAGCAGCUGUUCUCCUACGCCAUUCUGGGCUUUGCCCUGUCUGAGGCCAUGGGUCUGUUCUGUCUUAUGAUGGCUUUCCUGCUGCUCUUCGCCUUCUAAGCGCGCAUCGAUCGAAUGCUCGUCCUUGUUUCCUGCAAUCGUGCGUGUGUGUGUGUAUGCUCGGCUGAGGGCAGACGCGGGCAUCCGAGCGGUGGCAGAGGGGAAGUAACCAACAACCAACCAACAACACCAUCGUUCGUUUCUUCGAUUAUUAAUGAUAAAAAUGAUUGAUUGAUUGAUAGCAACAAGAACAUCCUGUACAACUAUCUAAUUAUAAAAUAACAACAACAACCACAACCACAUAAUAUAUGUAAUUUUGUUUUUAAAAAACAUCCGAAACGUAGUAAUCGCCUAAGUAGUAACAUCAUCGACAAGGAGAAGAACACACUUUGAGUUAAGUUUAAAACGAUAUCAGCAAGCGGAGUGCUAAUAAACAAUCCUAGAAGAACACAACACUGCGAGAAUGCAUUACAGAGAGAGAUCGGAGGAUGGAAUCAAAGACUAGACACAUUCACGAUCGAUAUUGUAUAACGAAAUGUAUAACGAACAGCUGAAUCUGUAUAAAUUAAAAUUCGAUUUUAAUUGAA